UCACGUGGGCGAGUCCUAGCUUAAGCCUUUGGUCUGGGUCUGUCAUGUGACCGGGGUUCUCGGUUCUCGGGAUGGAGGCGGAAGACGGUACGCCGCCGCUGUGGCGGCUGCAGAAGUUGCCUCCGGAGCAGGGUCCCCCGCUUCUUCACAAAAUAAUUGAUGGCAUGUGUGGCCGAGCUUACCCUGCCUACCAUGAUUAUCACAGCGUUUGGGAUUUGACUGAAUGGAAGCAUGUUCUGGAAGAUGUAACCAUGUUUUUCAAAGCAGUAGUUGGCAAAAACUUUUCAGAUGAAGAGACACUCCAGCAGUUGAACCAACUGAAUUCUUGUCAUCAAGAAGCAGUUAUGAAAUGCUUGAAGAGCAGGAAAAAUGAGAUCAAGCAGGCCCUGUUGGGAGAAAUAGUUGAUAUUUCUUGUGCACAGCUGAAGGAUUUUGAUUGGCAGUUAAAGCUGGCGCUUUCUAGUGACAAGAUCGCCACUUUACAGAUGCCACUUUUAAACCUUCAUCUGGAUGUAAAGGAGAAUGGUGAAGUGAAACCAUACUCUGUUGAAAUGAGUAAAGAGGAGCUACAGAGUCUAAUUAGUUCCUUGGAAGCAGCUAAUAAGGUGGUCCUGCAGUUAAAAUAACUGGAAAUGGUGAAUUUCAACACUACCAGAUUUCAGUGCUGCACCGUGGCAAAGUGAAUGCUGUGUUCAGAAGGUGGAUGCUACAGCAGGCUGAGCAGGAAGCAACGCUGAGAUUACAGAGAUGAAAAUCUGUCAGCACCCUAAAGAACAGGAAAUUGUAUGGCUGAUAGGAAAGACAUAAAAUGAAAGAUGAAAAACUGGAGCUACUAUGUGUGCUUUCACAAUGAUUGCUUUGUCUCAUUUAUUAAAUGUUUGAGAAAUCUUUAGAUAAUGCUUUAUCGAAAGGUAAAAAUAAGUUCUAGAGUAAUGUAAACACACAAAGCAGACAUACAGAACUGUUGCUUCUAUUCGAAUAGCAAGACAUGUAUUAUGAAUGUAUGAAUGUAUAAUGUAUAAUUUGUGAUAUGGGAAAAUGUUUUAAAGCAUAUAUAAGCUGCCUAUGUAACUCAGGAGGGGUUGCAUAUCUUUUCAUGUUUCAAAGAAAAGAUUGUAAAUUGUAAAGUUUCAGAGAAAAAUCCGUUAUCAGACACAACAAGAAAACAUUUAAAAUUUGUGUGAAUAAUUCGGGAUUUAUAAAUUUUAUGAACUAAAACGACAAGAAAUGAGAAUACCAUGUUAUUUUUACACAUCCCCACCUCUUGGGGAGACUAUGGUCUGAGCAAAGGAGAAAGCUCUGUACAUAUUGUUACUCACAUGCAGGUUUAGUUUUAUACAUUCUUAAUAUGGAAUUUGAGCUUUUGGAUGGUCACAAAUUAAUUGUAAUGUAAACCACUUUUCAUCUCAGCUAACUUUAAAAAUGAGCAUUCUGAACAAAUAAAAGUGUCUGGUUUUCUCUUUA